ACCUUUCAAGUUAACCAGUGUAAAAUCUAUGUUGCAAAAUGCUUAAUUAAAGUUAUUUAAAAGUGAGGUGAAGGAAGUAUUAUUAAAAGUGAAUGAAAGAAUUCUUGGUUUUGUUAAGCAACACUGUCUAAGAAAUUGACCACAUUUAAAGGGAAACUGUGGCUCAGCUAAUUUGCUUUCCUGAUCAACAAAAGAAGAGAGAGAGACAAAGGGGUGUGGCAGAGGGAGAGAGAGAGAGAGAGAGAGAGAGAGAGAGAGAGAGAGGGAGAGAGACAGAAAAGCAGACAAGAUACAAGGAAAACAAAGAGGAAGUGGUGAGGAAAGGUGGCAAGGAAGAAUGGACUGAGUGGUUUUCUAAAAGUGUGCCAGUGGGUUUUGGACGAAAAGCUACUCUCUCUCUCUCUCUCUCUCUCUCUCUCUCUCUCUCACACACACACACACACACACACACACACACACACACACACACACACACACACACACACACACACAGGCAGGAACACCUCAGGCCCUUAAAUCUAUGUCAACCAACAAGAUUGUUAAUGUCAAUUGUUCAAACAUUUAUAUAAUAACUUUUUUAAUUUAUUUGAGAAAAGCUGUAGGUUUCGUUGCCCCCCCCCACGACACACACACCCUUCUUUACGUUUCUUUUUCUUUGCUUUUUAAAUUGAUUUCAAAUGUUAAUCAGUUUUACUUCACUGGCACCUUUUCCGCCGGACAAACAGGUUUCUCUCCAAUCGUCUUCUGCAGUCUCCCAUAGCAGCAGGGGACAUGCGUUCCCUCCCACUAACAGAACGGGGAGUCCACGGUGUUUGUAAGACGCAUCAGCUAUUGAUGGAUUAAAAGCAUCCGCGGAGCUCCGGUGGGUUUCCGAGCGCACGCGCAGAUAUUUCAGCGUGGACGUGGAGUUUCUGGAGCGCGCAGAUAUGUGGAUCUACCUGUGACCCACAAAGAGAUGCGCUGUCAGUCGGCCGAUACUGGCCGCCAUGUGGAGGCUACCGACAGGGCAACAAAAUCCAGAUAAAUUAGAUUACUGGAUUGACCGCAACAGAUUAUAGUUCUCCUACUUCCCCGAUGCUUGACGAGAAAACAAUCUGAAGAAUUAGACGGAAUUUGAGGGAAAAUAGGGAAAGACUGGCAGCCAUGCUGACCAGCUUUCUGGAAGGUCUGCUCUGCUGCUUCACCUCAAAGUCGACCAAUAUUGUGGUUCCUGUAGAAACUUCAGAACCUGCUGAUGGCUACGAGUUUGUGGAGGUAAAACCGGGCCGCAUUCUGCGAGUUCGGCAUAUCAUCCCCGACAGGCCGGUGGUGGAGGAGCCCACUGGACCUGGUGGGAGUGUGAGCUGCAAACGAAAAAUCACUGUUUACCGUAAUGGACAGCUGUUCAUUGAGAACUUGGGUGACAGGGCGAGCGCAGAGCUGAAAAGCUGCCAGAAUGGAGAGACAGAACCCAACAGCACCGUGGAGGUAGAACUGACGGACUGUGGUAAGUCGUCGCCGCCCGUCAGCAUUCCUGAGGCGAGAUCAGACUCUGUCACGGCUGGAAACAACGGCGCAUCGGACACAGCAGCAGCAGCAGCAGGUGAGGCACCUGCCGCUGGACAGACUGACCAAUCUCAGCAACCCAGGAAGCGCAGGCGGAAGCCAAAGCGCACUGUGGUGAUCGACUGUGAAAGGAAGAUAUCAGCCUGUAAAGGGACACAUCCAGAUGUGGCGUUGUUCUUCAUUCACGGGGUCGGAGGUUCGCUGGAUAUCUGGGGAAGCCAGCUGGACUUCUUUUCUCGGCUGGGCUACGAAGUGAUUGCCCCGGACCUGGCAGGACACGGAGCCAGCUCAGCACCGCAGAUUCCUGCAGCGUACACUUUCUAUGCACUGGCUGAGGAUAUGAGAAUCAUCUUCAAGAGAUAUGCUCGGAAGAGGAAUAUCCUCAUAGGACACUCUUACGGUGUGUCGUUCUGCACGUUCCUGGCUCAUGAAUAUCCAGAACAAAUUCACAAGAUGGUGAUGAUCAACGGCGGCGGUCCCACAGCUCUGGAGCCCAGCCUCUGCUCCAUCUUCAACCUGCCCACCUGUGUGCUUCACUGCCUCUCCCCGCUGCUCGCCUGGUGCUUCCUCAAGGCGGGCUUUGCUCGGCAGGGCGCCAGGGAGAAGCAGUUGCUGAAAGAGAACAAUGCCUUCAAUGUGUCGUCUUUUGUGUUGCGUGCCAUGAUGAGCGGGCAGUACUGGCCUGAGGGGGACGAGGUCUACCACGCUGAGCUGACAGUGCCCGUCCUGCUGGUGCAUGGCAUGCAUGACAAAUUUGUCCCUGUUGAAGAGGACCAACGAAUGGCAGAAAUACUUCUAAUGGCGUUCCUGAAGGUCUUGGAGGACGGCAGUCACAUGGUCAUGAUGGAGUGUCCGGAUCCUGUUAAUACGCUCCUGCACGAGUUCUUCCUCUGGGAACCGCCGACCCUCCCAGCGCCAAAGAAAGAGUCCAAAACCCGUCCAGAGACCGCUAAAGCUCGAACUGAUAACGCUCAGGCGAUAGCUGAGCCCAGCAAGGCCCGGCCUGCGACUGCUAAACAAGCCCAAUGAAGCUGCAGCAGAUGCAGAUCAGAGCUGAAACACUGGGUGUUACAGUGAAUCGAGGUCGGCCAGUCGGUGCAUCCCAAGCAUCCCAGUGCAUCUGGUGCAAGCUGUUAAACCUGAUGAUGAGCCAGUUUAUCUGAACUGGUCCUGCUGGCGGCGGGACACUGCAGAGGUCACUGAUUCCAAAUAAACUCCCGCCAUGUAACACACAGCAGCGAGGACGCGUUUGUGCCUUUGAGUGAUGCGUUACAGUGACGGUACCUGGAUCGGAGAAGCACAAAUGGAAACAGCCACGUGGCAAAGAUGAUAAACUGGGACAAGAACAUGUGGCUCCUGGUUGAGCGCAAGCUGUAAAUUAACAGCUGAGACUCAACCUUAGGAAAUGUAGCUGGAUAGUCAGUUAGCCUUUUUUAUUCCUCAUAAGUAUUGCAAACCUUACCUGUUGUAAAGGUAAGCAUGUGAAAAUAACACAAUGCCAUACGCAAAAUAACAAAUUGGAAAGAUGUUUUUUGAUAAAAAAAAAAAAACUCCGUCCAUUGGCCUUUUUCUUCUCUCUUAAAAGUGAACCAGAUAAUUUUCACACUGUGCACUGACGCAUGAAGCUUUAUCUCGUGCUCAGUGUAGCUAUGAAAGCAGCUGCUUCUGGUAUUUCAUAGAAAUGCAUUAAUGGGGGUGUAAUGGAGGGGCGGGGAGAAGUGAAAGUAAGUUUGCUACUUCUGAGACAUCAAGAAAAUGAUGUUCAAUCGAGUGUGCACUGCUAAACUUAGCAAUAACUGCAGGUCAUCACUGAGUCCUACAUUUACAGGAACAGCACAGUCGCAUGUACGCAGCGAGGUGUUAAUGCAGCAGGAAACAAAGCAUGUCGAGCAGUGCAACAGAGAACGUGUCCAAGCUGAACACCACAAAGUAUUUGCAGACAUUAUUGAUUUUGUAACGCAGCUACGUGUCGGUGCUGUAGCACCGCUGAGAUUUAAUUCCUCACUAAAACCGAGUCACUGACAAACAGCUUCUACACGUCCUUUAUUACACUGUGUUGUGAUGUUUAGCUUGGAAACGUGUUACUGUCCCGUGCACUGACUGUAACGUUUGAGUCCUUCAUAGUUUAAUGUGGACGUCUGUGUCUCCACAGCGUAGACAGUCAACACUACGAAGCUGUUAAAUCCUCUGUGACUGUAAAGGUUUAGUUCGUUUGUGGAUUUAAAUUCUGACAUUUGCUGUGUUCACAAACCCUCACAGAGCCUCAGUCAGCUGUACAGGACAGGCUGUGGCACAGAUCUCACCGUUUUCUUUCUUUUCAAACAUAUUUGAUUUUUUAAAUUCGUAGGACAGACUUUUUAUACUUUUGACUUCAGGUUGGGAUGAAUUUUGCUUUUGAUUCAAAUAGAAGGAAACUGUCUGCUUUGUAUCUUGUGUGUCUUAAAUUUUGUAACUGUUGGCCUUUGACAAUGAAAAACAUGAUAAAUUA